UUCGCUAAUUCCAGACGCAAACCGCGAGGCGAGGCGAGGCGAAGGGGAGGAAGAGAGAGAGAGAGAGAGAGAGGGACAGGCAGCGAGCGGUGGUGGGCGCGUCGCGAGGAGGAGGUGGGGAUCGGGAACCCUAGCUAGGGUUUGCGGUGGGGGUGGGGGGAUGUCGACGCCGGCGAGGAAGCGGCUGAUGCGGGACUUCAAGCGGCUGCAGCAGGACCCGCCCGCGGGGAUCAGCGGCGCGCCGCACGACAACAACAUCAUGCUCUGGAACGCCGUCAUCUUCGGGCCGGAUGACACGCCGUGGGACGGAGGCACGUUCAAGCUUACCUUGCAGUUUACAGAAGAUUAUCCCAACAAGCCGCCGACUGUUCGGUUUGUCUCUAGGAUGUUCCACCCAAAUAUUUAUGCAGAUGGAAGCAUCUGCUUGGAUAUCCUACAGAACCAGUGGAGCCCUAUAUAUGAUGUUGCAGCCAUAUUGACAUCAAUUCAGUCUUUGCUGUGUGAUCCAAACCCCAACUCUCCAGCAAACUCUGAAGCUGCCAGACUGUUUAGUGAGAACAAGCGAGAGUACAACCGCAAGGUUCGUGAGAUUGUGGAGCAGAGCUGGACAGCUGACUAGGGCACAUGUAGGGCAAUGGUGGUAUCCACCAUAUGCCAGAAAGAUGCAAUAAGCAACCGUGAAAAACCUGUGCGUUUCUGGCUCUCCAGAUUUGCUGCCAUCUUAAAAACAUUAUAAGAUCUCCAGUGAUUGCUUGUAGUCCACCAAUGUUUUUGUGUUCCCAUGUCCCAGAUACUCUUGGCUGCUUUUAUGUAGUGGUGUUGACCUCUCGUGCACUAGGGCAUUAUGCUCAUGUAAAAAGGCGAUUAUCAUCAUAAUAUGUGAAUGGAAGCGAAAUGGGGUCAUGAGAUUUGAGUC